UGAGGGUGGGAUGCCAGGGUAAAGCCUUGGCACAGUGCCUGGCCUGCCCUGAGUGCCCCAGUGUGUCGCGGUUCCCAUGUGCUCAACACUCCACAACUUAUUCUCUUAGAUAUUACAAUUACUACCAUCAUUCACGUGUAACAAGUGAUCCUUGGAUAUUGAAUCGAUGAAAUAGAAAUCUAUUACAAAGUGUUGUGAAAUAGAAGGUGGAAUUAAUCCCAUUUGCUGUACAUUUCCCAUAGUGAUGAAGCACAAUGAGAGGUGAUUAUUUUUAUUGAAAUGAAAUGAGUAGAAAACAUAUAAAAAGUGCUGUAAGAUAAUUAUUACUCAUGUGUAAAAAUUCUGGAAAAUAUUACCCAAGUGUUUAGUAAGACUUGUGAUUAAAUUGUGAGAAAACAAUGUGUGCAAUGAGGAAUAACAAGAGGAACUCGCUCCCUUCCCUCACCAUGAAUAAGUUCUUUGUCAACAAAAGGGCUUCCAUGUUUGAACGACACGAUGAAAAUCCCCGAGAAAAAAGAGAGUGGAGCCCAUGUGGUGUUGUUGAAACCUCGCAGCGGAAGAUGGAAGCACGGAAGGAGAAAGAGAAGAAGGAGGAGAUGAGGGCACGUCUGAAGAGGCAAGCUGAUCCAUACGCUGAACAGAGUAGUGAUGGAGAGGAGGAAGAGAUGCCAGGAUACCUAUACACCAGUCAUUUGGUUGUGCCUUUAUUGUGGACAUCAAGGCUGUGAUCGCAACACAAAAGAGCAACAUGCUCUUCUCCAUUACCGAACCCCACAUUCUGACCCUCACUGCCUCAUACUUAAUACUCAGGCAUGGAAUAUAUGGUGUUACGAGUGUGACUCAGAGGUUCACCAAACUAGUACAAAGAAGCUUCAUGAUAUUGUAGAAUACUUAAAGAGACAAAAAGAUAUGGCACCGCAGCGCUCAACGCCACAACAAUCUGUUGUUAAUUCAUCAUAUUUAUGUAGACCAGAGUCUGGUUCACAUAACACUGCCAAAGGUUCUGUGACCACCUUUGAUGACAACUCUAAAGCAGCUAAGAACCAGCGUAAUGUGCAGGCCAGUGUUCUUGCAUCUUUACCGAAAGUAAAGGGUUUAUGCAACUUAGGAAACACGUGUUUCUUCAACUCUGUAAUGCAGUCCCUCUCGCAGACACAUUUCCUUACACAGUUGCUUGAUGUUCAGUGCCAGAGUGGUCAGCACAUGUAUCUUCCUGGAUGCCUUAAGUCACCAGAGCUUUAUGUUGAAGGCAAAGGCAAUGGAGAAAUCCAGCCAAACAAGUACAUGGCACAAAAUGGUCAUGUCCAGAAUAAACAAAAAGACAAUAUUCAAGGAAAUGAUAAUGAUGAUGAUGAUGUCGAGUUGCAACCUCUUGACCUUAUUCUUCGUGAAGGUGGGGGACUGACACUCGCUGCAGCAGCUUUCCUCAAGGACAUGCAUUCAGUUGGUAAAAAUUCAACACUGAAUCCAGGACAUUUAUUUGGCCAGUUGCACGGAAUGGAUGCAUCAAUAGCAAAUUUGGACAAAAAGAAAAUGGCCAAACGAAAUGGACAAAAGUCCAUUAUUCCACAUUUUGCCUCCAUCAACCUUAUUUUCUCUAGCAGAACUUUACAGCUCCUCAGAUUCGGAAUAAAAGUUAUUCUGAAUCACACUAUCGUUCAUAAUAGUUUACGCCUCAUCUGUCCACCACAGAAAGUAUUCUGCGAAGAAUGUCACUGGUCUUCACAAGUAUUUGAGCCAAUGAUGGAUCUUUCACUUCCAAUUACUGAAGAAAAGGGGAAGCCCAAAAAAGUGUCUCCAGAUGAGGAGAGUGUGUUUGACUGUUUUGGUCGACCUGCUACCAGUAACGCUCCCUCAAAAUAUCAAUCCAAAAAGCAGAAAAGAGCAGAAAAAAAGAAACACCGAAACACAAAAAGACAAAACAAAGGUGGAAGUUUGGCGCCAUCUUGCAUGCGAGCAAAUACAGAAGAUAAUGAAGAAGAAUCAGGAAAAGUCAAAGUAUUAAAAAACGAAAGAGCGGAAAGGCGAAUUACUGAGAAGAGUCGACCCGAAGAUGUUGAGGAGAGAGCAAAGAAGGAGGAGGAGAAUAAAGCUAAUGAAAAGGAGGCAAUGGGAGAAAAGAAAAGAGGCGAGAGUUCAAAGUUUAAGCAAUUAAUGGCAGCAAGAAAGGUUGGGAGAAGAGACAAAGAAGAAAGUGAUGGGGAAGAGAGUGAUGAAGACUCUGACUCUGACAUGGAAGAGGAAGAGGAAGCAGAAGAUUUCCUGUUGGGAAAGGGUGAUGAUGCAAAGAAGACCAGUGUGGCAGCUUCCUCAAGUAUAAAUGAAGAUAAAGUGUGUGAGGAGAUAGUGAACAAGACAGAAAUAAACAAAAAGGGUAAUGAAACCAAGAAAAUCACAGAAAUGGAGAAAGCUGACAUUAAAGGAAAAGAGGAUAAAAAUGACAACAGUGAUGCAAAUGAUGAUGACAAUUCAGAAGAUACUGAAAGUGAAAGUAAAGCUAAUGAAAGUGAUAUUGCCAGUUCCAAAAAGAAGGGAUCAUCAACAGAGAUCAGUGAUGCUGAUAUUGAAGACAACACAGAAUCAGAAAAAGUGAGGCAUAACUAUUAUGACACACGGCAACCUUUUCCCUUGUUUUUGAAAAAAGUCAAAAAUGAAAAAAAAAUAAGUAAUGAUGGGGUUUUAGCUAAUCACAGAGAGAAUUACAUCUACAUUUUCACCUAUAAUCUUAUAUUUUAUAGAAGAAAACCAGCCAAUAAAUCCCGUUCAUCACAACAUUUCAGAUGUUUGAAGACCUGUCAUUCCAGUGAGCAGUUAAACUAUAAUUCAGCCUCGGAUACAUCUGAAAGAUACUUCACUCCAUAUGAGAGAGACUGUAAUGGCCUUGAUACUGGUGAUGACCUGGAAAACUUUCAUGAUUCAGUGGAGAGAGCAGACAUUACAUCUUUAAGGUCAGAUAAUACAAUUAACACAACUGGUAAGGCAUCAAACAUUACUGGAGACACCUUCUCUAUAUCCAGUGGUGAUACCAUCAACAACUUUGAUAUCGGAACAAUGGAACCUAAGAUCUCGGUCGAUCAAGCACACAUGGAUGAAAUGUGCCUCAAAGUUAAAGAAUUGAAAAUUCGACGCAAGUCCAGCAGUAAAGAGAGUUUAUUGGAUACACAGUGUUCCAAUAAAAAGCGAGGCUCAACAGAGACUCUUCACACAUUCAAUGACCGAGCUGCAGAUGGGGAAGAAGAUGAAUGUAGAAAGAAAACAAAAUAUAUGAAGAAAUUAAAGCAAGAGUGGAUUGCAAGAAGUCUAACAACACUUGCUCCUCGUUACCAGUGCCUUAACCAGGAAUGUUCCAUCAUGUCCAGCCUCACUAACUUUACUGCGCCAGAGUUGUUGACGGGUAAUAACAAGAUUACUUGUGAAAAUUGUACGAAGGUACACAAUCAGCUACAUCCAGAUGAUCCCAAAGAAUCAGUGAAGAGCAAUGCCAGCAAGCAGAUGUUGAUCCUCUCACCACCUGCAGUGCUCACUCUCCAUCUGAAGCGCUUUCAUCACUUAGGCUUCAAUCUUGCAAAAGUCAACCGUUAUGUUCAGUUCCCAUUAGUGUUGGAUAUUGCUCCAUUCACUUCAUCAAUCUCAUUGGGUUUGGGUAAUAUGUCACGAGGACAAAGCCAGGUGCUGUAUGGUCUUUAUGGUGUUGUUGAGCACUCAGGCCGCCUCAACUCUGGCCACUACGUAGCCUAUGUUCGUUCCCGUCCAUUAGAUCCUGCUCGUACCAAUAAGCAAUAUCUCAACCUAAAGCCAUCAAGUCAAUUUGAAAUUAACCACUUAGUGGCAGAAAUGGCAGAGAAAAUUGAUGUAGCAUCUGGUACACUGGGAAGUGAUCUUAAAAGCUCAUCUGGCAAUAAGAACUCAGUCAAUGUUGAAGAAUUUGAAGAAGAAGUGAAAGCUGGUAGAUGGUUUCACGUUUCUGACACUUAUGUUGCCGAAGUUAAUAUUGAACGAGUGCUGAAAGCCCAAGCAUAUUUGCUUUUUUAUGAGCGUCUUGUCUGAACAUGAAAUUUAAUGUAUAUAGUGUCACUUUCCUGUUUGUACAUUCAAUAAGUAUUUAUGUGUACAUUUCUCAAUGAUAAUAUGUAUAGCUGAAUUACUCCAUUGACUAGUGGGUUUUGUAUUAUGGUAUAAUGACUAACUUUGAGUACAAGUGUAAGCCAGUUUUUACAGCUACAGACCAGUAGUACAAACCAUUGUUACUCAAGAUUAUACAUAAUCUAUUCAGCUUAGGAUUCUGGCACACCUAGACAGUGAUUAAAAGUUGCUGUUUAUAAUACUGAUGUGAUCAGGUAGGCAGAUGUGGACAGAGAACUACAGUCAGUUUCUACAUUAUGCAAGUUAGAGUACUUAAUUGUAAUAAGAUCUUAUGAACUUCUUAUACAGUAUGGAGGUAAUAUAAGUUUGCAUUGAGUAAAACACUUUAAAAAUUAUGUUUUCUGAUGCAAAUUUUCAUUGCAAAUACAGUACAUUGCAAUCUUUUUAUAACCUAAAUAGUAGUCAAAAAGCUCAAUUGUUUUGAACAUACUGUAUUUAGAAAAACAAAUUUGAAAGAUCUUACUUGAGAACAUAAAUCUUAAGAAAUAUACCUGUAAUCUCUUAAAAUAUUUUUCUAAAAUAAAGUUAUGGUAUUGGUUCCUCAUACAAAACAUCAUUGCAGAAUACAACAUUAGCAAAUCACAUUUACAUUCUUGUGGUUCUUAGAUAAAUGUGGGAACUUAUUAUUUAUAUGUGAAAUGUAAGGAAUUUUAUAUUGUAUAUGUCUUACAAAUAUCAUGGCAUUUCUUUAAAGAAUGUUGUUUUAUCAGUCACAAUCUUUGUACAGUAAAUCCUCUUAAUUUUUUUUACAUUGAUAAUCUUUAAUUAUGAGACUGGAUAUAUACUGUAUAUAAAUAUAUAAAUAUAGAUACACAGUGGAACCUCUACUAUUUGACUAUGUUCAUUCCUGGCCAUAUGCAGAUACUUUUAGUUAAUUUUUGCACAUAGCCACAGCUACCCCCCAAAAAAGACCCAUGUAGCAUAGAACAGAUGAUAUUAACAUAUAUGAAGAAUAAUUUUUUACAUUAUUACAUUAAAAAUAAUAUAAGUAAAAAUACUAACACAUUAUUUUAGUUUGUCAAUGGUCGUGAGAAUGUUUGAAUUGAGGUGUAACUUUACCGUACAUGACAGGUGGUGGUUUGGUGGAGGCAGGAGCAGGGUGUUUUAUGAUAAAAAAGAAAAUUGCUAAUAUAAAUGUGACAAAUUAAAGGGUACAUUUGCUCUGUAAGGCAGUGGUUUGAGUACUAAAGUUGUCAGAAAGAAACCUGUGCAAUAUGUACACACCUGCUGAUAAUAGUCAUGAGCACUCUCAUACACUCCUGCCCAUAAAUGAUACAAGUUAUCAUCACAAUAAUGUAAGAAUGCUUGAGAUUUGCAAUUAGUUUAGUGGCAGAUAAUAGAAGCUCCACUGUAUACUGUAUGCAUGGGUUGUGUGUGUGUGCAUGUGAAUUUUUUCAUUGUAAUAUAAGAUUACAAUUUUUUCAUAAUCUUUACUACAACUUAAAUUUUUAGGAUUUGUCUAUCAUUUUUAAAAAUACCUUUAUCAUCUGUGAUAAGACACCUGUUUUUUACUCUGGUUGUGACUGGUAGUUCAACUGCUCAAUAUUAUCCAUAGAAAUUGUACUAACCUUUAUAUGCCGACUUGAAAAUUAUACAAAGAAAUCCGGCUUCAGAUUCAUAGCUUUCUUAAAUGUGUUAGGGUGUGAAAAAUACUCGUUUUUCAGUGUUUGAUCUAUUCAGUUGGUUAGAAAUAUAUUUUCUGAAGGUAAUUAGCUUUCUAUGUAAGUGAAGUAUACAUAGAAAUUGUCUGCAUAUGAUAGAUAAAAAAUAUAUUAAAAAACUUUGAUGUCUAAACUAAAAAAAAAAAAAAAACCUGAUCAUUAUACCAGCAUAACUUUGAAUAAAAGUUUUAAAAUUUUCAGUUGUAACUUAUAAAUAAGAUAAACAAAUAAUACAUACUUUUUUUUUUUUUUUGGAGCUUAUUAAUUAAAUUUUCUUAAAGAUGCUACCAAAUGUAACUUUCCUCACUGGUAUUGUGAAUGUCAGUACCAUGACACUACAGACCUGAAGGAUGUAGGCAUGUUUUUCAAACAGUCUUGCUAAUUGCAAAUUACACUAAAAAUCAAAAUUUCAUGUAAAAUAAUAAAAGAGUUGCCAUAGAACUAUACAGUGCUUUCACCACAUUUUGAUUAACCCUUAAGGGAUCCAAAUGUAUAUAUACGUUCACUCGCACAGCACCCUGAAUAUUUUGAUUUUUUUUUUUUUUUUUUUUUUUUUUCUAAAGAAAAAAAAGAGCACAUUUUUUUAAGUAUUUUAGAAUAAAAAAAUUUUUUUUAGGGUCAGUACUUACUGAGAUAUGAGGCCAAGAAGUUGGCACUGGAUGCUCAUGUGACAGCAACAUCGAGUCCUGCUGCUUGCAGAGGUGUUGCCGAUAUACCUUUUUUUCUAUUUUUCAUAUUAUUUUAUGUAAUUUUUAUGUUCUGAUAAUUACAAUUUGUAGUAGUU